GGCUUUAUACAUAAUUUAAGCCCUGUAAAACGCUCAAAGAGAACGGAUUGGUUUGAGUUUCAUCUGCAAACAAGUCCUUCCAAAGUACAGCGAGUAGUUGGAUUUAAUAUCCCAAGCCACUCAACCUUCAGUGGACAUAACAAAUCAAAAACCCUGUGCUGCUGUCAAAUACUAAGAAGAAUGAUUCGAACAAGGACAUUAUCUUCAACCAACAGUCAAUUGUAAGGUCUGCACCAGCGUUCGACAUUGACUUUGAUUAUUCUCCAGACAUUGCUGCAUCUGAGUCAUCCUCCUCUUCAGUGCAACCUGCUACUACGAUCACUCUGGAACAGGUACCAACUCUAAAGAUAAACCAGAAGGUCAACGUCACAGCAACGAUUUCAUUGGGCAGUGAACAACCUAAGCCGGUUGAAGUGAAAUCCACACAAAAGAUGACGCUCGUCAAAGAGGAUUGUGUCUUAGAAGAUGAGACAGGUACAGCUGAAAUUCACAUUUGGGAUGAGCUCAUCAACAACGUGAAAAAUGGGACAACAUAUGAAUUCCAAAACCUGAACGUCAAGCACUUCAAAGGAAGCACCCACUUAGCAACGACACCAGCAACUACCUUC